AUGGAUGCACACGCCUCACCACGACCGCGCAAACGUCGUGCUAUCAAUGCAUGUGUCAAUUGCCGGACGUCCAAGGUGCGAUGCGACGGAAACCGCCCCUGUCAACGUUGCGAGAGAAACAGUGCUUCCUGUCAGUACUUUGACGCAGUCAAGGACGAGAAUGUACUCCGCAUCGAGAAGUUGGAAGCCGACAUGGCUGCACUGCGCGAGCUGCUCGACACCAGAGAGACACCAGGUCCAAGGACUAGCUCACACAUGGAUAACGCAAGCGUGACUGUUGCAGAAAUCACACCCCGUUCCUCAGCCGGGCACAAUGCAAUCGGCAGUGCUGUUGAUGCAGGCUUCAUCACUUGGGAUCAAGCCGCUCACUGGUACCAGAGGCAGCAAUACCUCGUACCAAUAUUCUGUGAGAGAUAUGACACCACUACUUCUGUAUCCUCACGUAGUGCAGUCCUCUUCGAUGCCAUAGUCAGCAUUGGUUGUCGUGCCGAAGAAGGGUUCAAUACAACCAUUUACCGCCAGCUCCAAUCCAGGGUUCGCGAUCACAUCACAAACUUACUCAUCAACAAGAGUACACCCAGUAUAGAGGACAUACAGGCCAUUGCCCUGGUUGCCGCCUACUCUGAAAACAGUUUCUUCUUGAUUGCAACGGCCCUUCGCUUUGCCAUACAGCUUGACCUGCCCCGGGUUGUUGAUCAACUCAUUGCAAAAGGCCAAAUACGUUCUGGAGCCGUCAGCAGCGAUGAGCAAGAAUUGUACCGUCUAUCCCGGGUCUGGCAUGGAAUUUGCAACUUCGAACUCUUUUUCUCGCUAGACGGGGGAAAGUUACCUGGCUUGAAUUUCCAUACCUCGCCUAGGAAAAUCAGAAGCCUUCUCCAACACCCUGAACAUACAUCAGUCGACAUUCGGCUACUCUCCCAGGUAGAACUCAACCUAAUUCGUGCAGAAGCAUAUACCAAGAUCAUGCGACGAGACACGGAUGAAUUUCUUCUCCAGGAAAACGAAAAUAAAGUCCGGAGUACAGUAGACGAAGCUUGUGUAGAGUUGACGCUCUGGUUGGAUGAAUGGACAAACAUCAUCUUGGCAGAACCCGUGCCACAUCGACGAGCAAUGGCAUUGCAAAACCUCCACAUCCAGCGUGAAUGGGCCAUGAUGACACUGUACUUGAAGGCUGUGGCGUCAUCUGGUGUGGAAAAUAUUGCGUUCAUGACCGACUUCCAGAAGAACUUUAUACGUAGAGCUAAAGACGCAGCAAGCCGACAUCUACACUAUAUGCUACAAUCCUAUACAUCGACUCCAGAUUCUUCGCCGGCGUCCUCAACGCACACAAUUGGCUCUACCUAUCUCAGCACAUUCCGAUGGACUCUGGAAUACGUAUGGGCAAAGUGCGCAGUCUCCGUUUUGCUCGUACUCAAACUCGCCAUUCUCCUUCGCGAUCCUGCUGCAUCCGUCAUGGCACUUCUCCGCGACGCUCAUAGGGUACUUGAAGAACUCAAGACUGUGACGGUAGGACAUAUUGCAUACUUCCAAAUCCUUCAAACAAGUAUUGAGAAAUGCGAGGCUGCAUUGCGAGAAUACUCUGUUGAACAGAAUCAUGCUAUGCAGUCGUCACCUGCGUCUGGGACGGAUGGUGGUGCCGCUGAAACAGAGUUUCAGGGCUAUGUGCCGCGAGAAUUCGUAUUCGAGUGGGAUUUUCCUGGGCUCAAUCUUAAACACAUGCCUUCAGGGUGGCAGGAUCUAUUCGUCAAUAUUGACAGUCUCUUCUGA